UUCUUAAAUUGCAGCUGGCAGCUUCUGCGCCUUGGUGCCGAGCCUGCGGGCCCCUGUUUGCCAUGCAGCGCUUGGCAGAGCUGAUGGGAUGGACUGGAUGGGUUCCCAGCAGAGAGACGCAGAUUGUACCUGUCGCCAUGCCAUCAGAGCUGAGUUUGCGCUUUGCAGAAUUUGUGCCCACCUGGCGGCACCGCGCUGUGAGCAAAACAUGGCAUCGGACCAUCAUCCGCAUGCGGCUGAAGCAGGCCUUGGACCCCAAAGAGACUUGGAGCAUGACCCACCUGCUGCGAGGCCCUGACUUUGUGGCCCAUCGCCUCAAAUUGGGUCCGCCAUGUGAAGAGCUCAGCGGUACAGCAGAGGUCGUCUUGAUUGACGGUCUCGUGGUUGGGGGAGGGCCCCGCGAAUGUGCACGGAGUGAAGGAUGCUACCAAUGUGAAAUGCACAAAGAACAGGCCAUGUUGCGAAUUCAACUGGUUCGGGUCUCUGGUGUUGGAGCUGGACCAGACAGUCGAGAAGAACUUUUGGUUCCCGUGGUGAAAGCCUUGUUCCAGUUCCAGGGAUUUUAAUGUACAGGUCCUCAGCUGGGCUUCAGGGCUCCUCGGCUCUUUGCAAUCUUCACAGAACUCACUGGCACAGCACAGCCUGAAAGGCUCAGGAGAUGGAGAGUAAACAUCUGAAA